UUUGUCCUAUACACACUAAAAUAAUACCCAGGUAGGUCACAUCAUCGUGAACCCAGGCAUUCAUUUGGUAUUUACUUCCUGGUUUCGAGACUCAGUACAGUACACUAGAGACUGGUGUUAUGCACAAUGUUGUCAGGUUCAUAGUCGACACGCGAAGAGUCGUCUACAACUGCAAGCAUGAGAAAGGAAUACUUCAGAGUUAGUGGAUAUAACUAAAACAUAAACCACACGAGUGUAUUUUGUACCAGUAUUAAAACACGGAGCUGCAUAGUAACAACAAAACAUGAAGACGGAUACGUCAUGGCAGAUACUUGUUCUUUAUUUGGUUUUAACAACACAUUCCUCUCAAGCUAGCACGGUCUGCCCUGAAUCGUUAACAAAGAAUUUUCCUAAUUCAAUCGCACAUAUGUGUAAAGAUGAAGCCAUCAGAGAUGUUAACAGCCUACUUCUUGACGUGUUCGUACCAGUCAACACAGAAACCACCUGCAACUGCUCUCUUCACGCAUCACACCACACGAUGAUUAGCAUAUCUACCGUCAAACUUCCAGACGUGAACUGUGAAUCAAAACUGACUAUAGACACACAUAUUAAGUUGACUUAUAGUUGUGUAAAUGACAACAGUUCAGUUGGGUAUGGAGCAGAUAUUGCACGAAAUAUUACUCCAUCUAGUAAUUUGAUUGAGCUGGAAACAAGCAAUGCACCCAUUAACGUCACUUACUGUCUACAAAUCUACAGUCAAAGAGGCGGAGGUUCGUUGACUCUUCAGUGUUAUUCGCCAGACAGUAGAUCGAUGACGAGAUCAACCCAGUCAGACGAUAAAACCACCUCACAGAGAUCCACAACACCAGGUUCAACACGAUUAGAAUCUACCAAGUCAGACGACAAAACCACCUCACAGAGAUCCACAACACCAGGUUCAACACGAUUCGAAACAACCAAGUCAGACGACAAAACCACCUCACAGAGAUCCACAACACCAGGUCCAACACGAUCAGAAUCAACCAAGUCAGAUGUGACAGUUUCACAGCCAACAGAGCCAACCAAGUCCACGAUAUCAGAUACGACAGUUUAUGGAUUGAAGACGAACAGACAGUCAGGCGCAGAAGAUUUUCCAGUUCCAGCUGUAGCAGGUGGUGUCGGUGCUGUAGUGGUAAUUGCCGUAGUAGUCAUCGUCGUUGUCGUCUUGGUCAAAAGGAGACGCAACAAGAAACAUGGGCGUAACCCGGACAACGAUGGAGGCUAUUGCAACAUGGACGCGGAUCCUUACAAAUACCAGAACACCAACUCAUCUGGAAGACAUUCAGGAGUUUCAGCAGACCCAAACCAGACUGGCAACGAAACGAUUCACUCUCCAUCAGACGACUAUGCAUCUAUUGAUGACGAAGCUGGAGGCAUUACUCGGAAACCGCAGGUCGCCCUAAAACCAAACCUGCCUAGCACAAGUGACCAUGGCGACUUCCAACCAGAACCUGACCACGAUGACGUGCCAAACAUGUACGCCAAGGUUAACAAAAACAAGAAACCGGCCAAAUCUGUGAAUGAAGCCGCCAUGCCAGUUAUGCAUGUCAAUGAGCUUUAUGCUGUGGUUGACAAAAGUAAAAAGACGAAACCAUCUUUGAAGUCUAAACCUUCUGGUGAUGUGUACGCCGUGGUAAACAAACAGAAGAAGUCAGAAGGGAAGAGUCCUGAAUCUAAAGGUCAAGGUCGCGAGUCUGAGGUACCCGGUGAUGUCUACACUGAAGUAAGAAAACCGAAGAAGUCUGGGAAUAAGCCGAACAUCCCUAAGGUUUCACCAGGACUCAUUUACACUGAGGUGGAGUUUGAUGAAACCACAGACGAAGCACAGGGAGCCACAGGAGGGGUUGGGAAGACAGAGUCAGUUGCAACAGUGGAGGAUCGUGUUCUUUAUUCUAAAGUUUGUUGAAUAGUUCUGUGUAGGUGAUACCAGCGAUGUACCCAUUGAUCGGGCGACUGAGUAGGUCAGUGUACAGCAAGUACUGCUAGCCUAGCUCAAUCUCUCUUAAACCCACUUUUAGUAAGACAUCUGUGUCCGACUAACCGCUUCAUUGCCGUUUUUACAUGAGGUUUUUCAUGCCAUAAUUUUCAACAAGCCAAUCUCACCAUCCUCUCUCCAGUCUUAUGUGUCAGACUUGCUGCACUUAAAUAACGAUCGUUCCUGGCAACUUCGAAACUGCCGACAUUACUACUAAUGCUACUGUCAGGUCAGCAGUGUAUUAAAAAACUAAUGUUGGCAAUUUUCCAUUCACCCUCCUGGGAGCCGCCAUCUUGGAAUUUAAAAUUUAAACAUUUAAAAAUUGCCAUUGGCACUAAUUUUUCCUACAUAAGCCCACAAACUACAGAGAUCAUUGUUAUUCCAUCUGGAGCAUGUUUAUUAUCAAUAUAGCUGAUGUGUGUGCCCAGGACAGUGUACGUGAACUUUAUAUCGAUAUAAGCGCGAAAAUAACUACAAAUGGCAUGAAUGAAGGUAGGCAAGAGCAAAUUAGGCGUAGUUGGAUUACAUAAUAUCCCCAGUGACCCGUUAAAGAUCACUCUGGGGUGGAGCUAGUGAUGGGAUUCGAAUCCAGCACCUACCAAACGUAGAGCUGGUGGCUUAACCACCAUGCCAGGUGUUUGAUUUGGCCAACGCAGUGCCAUCUGUAUUAUAGUAGGGCGGGAUCUAGCUUAGUCGGUAGAGGUGCUUAGGUCAAAUUGUCGAACCCUCUCAGUGGAUCAAUUCCCUGAUUGUGUUUUUCGUUCCAGCCAUUGCCCUACCAUUGGUACGUUAAAGGCCGUGUCACGUGAUGUCCUGUCUGCUGGAAAGUGAAUAUAAAAGACGCCUUGCUGCUAAAUGAAAAAUAUCGAGGCUUAUCUUCAAUACAAUCUGUCAGAAA